AUGAGGCCCCUCACGCUCCUGGCCCUGCUGGCCCUGGCCGCACUGUGCCUUGUGGGCCAGGUAGACGCAAAGCCCAGUGGCGCCGAGUCCGAGUCUGACAAAGGUGCAGCCUUCAUGUCCAAGAGAGAGGGCAGUGAGGUGGUGAGGAGACCCAGACGCUACCUGUAUCACGGACUGGGAGCCCCAGCCCCCUAUCCUGAUCCCCUGGAGUCCAAGAGGGAGGUGUGUGAGCUCAGCCCGGACUGUGAUGAGCUGGCUGACCACAUCGGCUUCGAGGAGGCUUACCGGCGUUUCUAUGGCACAGCCUAG